ACUGCUCGUCACUGCCCUCGACGUCCACGACGCCCUCGACGACGACGACGACGACGACAGCGACGACAACGACGACAAACUCAAUGCCCACGCUGCUCAUCUACAACCCCAUCUGCGGGGACCGCGGCGCGAAGACGCUCAUCACGACGCACGUCCUCCCGCUCCUCGAGCACGCGAACCUCACGCCCGACGUCGUCCUCGCGACUGAGCACGCCGGCCACGCCGGGGCGUUCGUCGUCUCGCACCUCGAGCAGCACUCCGGGCCCUUCACCGUCAUCCUAGCCGCCGGCGACGGCACCCUCCACGAGAUCAUCGAGGCCCUCACCAACACCCCGCCCAAGGGCCAGCGCGCCGCCGCGCCCCCCGCCAAGCUCAGCUUCGCCCUCGUCCCCAGCGGCACCGCCAACGCGCUCUACUCCAGCCUCUUCCCCCCGCUGCCCGACGAGGACCCCACCGCCUACGCCCUCCGCAGCGUGCACGCCCUCAUCGAGGGUCGCCCGAGCGCGCCCCUCACGCUCGCCCUCACCUCGCUGCGCUCCCCGCCCGCGACGCGCGCCCCGCCGCGCGUCGCCGUCUCCGCCGUCGUCGCCUCGACCGCGCUGCACGCGAGCAUCCUCGCCGACUCGGAGGCCCUCCGCGCGGAGCUCCCGGGGCUCGAGCGCUUCCAGCGCGCGGCCGCGCAGAACCUCACGCGCUGGUACAACGCGUCCGUCAAGCUCUUCCCCACCGCCGCCGCGGGCGUCGUGCAGAUGUACGACCCCGAGACGCGGGCGUUCGUGCCGCACCAGCACAGCACCGAGGACGACCCGAUCGUCGACCUCGGGGGCCCCUUCGCGUACUUCGUCUCCGUCGUGAACGUCGACCGCCUCGAACCGAAGUUCAGGAUCGCUCCGCUGUGGCGGGACGUCAAGCCCGAGGGCGCAGCGCUAGAUGUGGUCGUGCUCAGGCCGGAACGCGACCCGAGCGUGCAGAUGGACUCGGAUGAGUACAGGGAGGCGUUCUCUGAGAAGCUGAAGGGCGUGUUGGGCGGGGCGUACCAGGACGGCGCUCACGUCGGGCUGACGUAUGCGGACGAUGGGUGUGUGCGCGACAACGGCGAGGGAUGGCCUGUCGUGGAGUACUUCAGGUGUGGAGGAUGGAUGUGGGAACCCGAUGACAUCGACGACCGGGCACAUCUCGUCUGCGCAGACGGCGACAUCCACGAGAUCGAGAAGGGCGGCAAGGCAACAUGCUCAGCAGCAACGCCCUCGGACGACAAGUCCGGCUUCGCAGUCUUCGCGUAA